AUUUGCUGUUCUUGUGUUGAAUAUAAGAAGCGACGGAGGAGAGAGGCGACAUGGCAAAUUCUCAGCCGACUUUCCCGGACAACCUCGCCGGCUUCGGAUACGAGUUUAAAGACGGGAAGCUAAAAAACAUACAGACUGGAGACCCAUUCGUGUUUGCCGUCCGCCCUGAUGACAAAGAUUACAACCAGAAACAUUAUGAGGCUUUGGGAGAGCUCGUGCAGCAAGACGUAUACAAGCUCGUCGAAAAGGAAGGCGGGAUGCACAGAGCCCCGGUUCCCCUGAAUAGCCAGCCAGGAGACCCCCAGACCUUCGUGUUCCUGUCGAAGGACUUCAUGACCAACGACGACAAGGUCCUGGUGCUCAUCCAAGGGAGCGGCGCCGUCAGAGCAGGGCAGUGGUCGCGGAAGCUGACCGUCAACGAGGGCAUCGAGGCAGGAACCCAGAUCCCAUACAUGCAAAUUGCACAAAGAGACGGCUAUGCUGUCCUGGUGAUGAAUCCCAAUGAUAAUUCUCGGAUCGUUGGAAACCAGAAACAGGUCAUAAAAAGAAGCGAGAACGCAGUGGCCCAUGCAUCCUGCGUGUGGGAGAGUUACCUGCGCGAGUCGAGGGCCAGACACAUAGCGAUUGUGGGCCACAGUUACGGCGGGGAAGUGGCCAAAUGCUUGUUUGACAAAUACAAAGACGACUUCAAAGAGCGUGUGAUUGGCGUGGCUUUGACGAGCUCGACCCAUAAGAUCGCCGACCGCACAGGGUACAAUGACCUGAUUCAGAUUUCCCGACACUGGCAAGUGAGUGACCAGCCGCUUGACACGGAGCUGCAGACCGAGGACAAUGAAAUACAAAGGGUGUCAGCUGGAACAAACACACACGAAAGGACAUCGCAAGCAUGCAUGGAAAGUGUCUUCAGUUUUUUCGAAGAGCGGUACCGGGCAGUUCUUGAUGGUUAGGUGAAUUAGCUGACGAAAUCGAUGGUGAUUUAGCUGACAAGAUGGCUGACAUUGGCGAGGAGAAAGAGGAGGGAGGGGAGGAAGACGAAGGAGAGGAGGAAGAACUUUCUUACCCCUCCUAUUUCUCGUUUUCAUCCAUUUUAGUUACUUAUUGUACUUCUUAUUCUGUGUCUCCACUUCUCUUUCUGCUUCUUCUUGUGUGCCUUUUCUCUCCCUACUCCUGCUGCCUCUUCUUUUUCUCCUGCUCAUUCUUCUUCUUCUGCCUCACUUCUCAGCAUGGUCUUUUUUCUCCUCUUCCUUUUUCUUCUUCUAUAUUUCCCUUCUCAUUCUGUUCCCUCUCCUCCUCCUCCUUCCUCUUCUUCUUAUCAUAAUCUACUUCUUCUUAAUCUUCUUCAAUAAGAUUUCCACUGCUUAUCAAAGGAAUCCUAAAUGCAUUAGCCAUUGUACAAUCGUAAUAUUAAUUAUUAACAUUACGUUUUUUGUUGUUGUUUUUUUUAGAAUACCUAUAUCAUAUCAGUUUGUGUGUCAUUGUUUGUGCCCAACAUGGAGAUGUUAAAAAGUCAUAUUUUGCAGUCAAUAGUUAACAGUUUUCUAUUAAAUUGGUCUGUUUCAAACUAUGGAUAUAACUUCCUGUGGAGUAUUACUGUGUAUAUCUUAUUUUGUUGUUUAUUUAUCACUGUAGUGUGAUAUUUUCUGCACGGCAGCUUCAUUUCAUAUUCAUUUCAUAUCCGUGAGUUGAUAUGGAUAUACCUUAAAGCAUGAAUAAGCUUGCCUGUAAUGUAUUACGGUUUUCUGCAAUUACCUUUGGCAAGGGAACUUCUGUAAUAAAACCUAAUUGCUUAA